AGGGUCAGUGAGUAUGGAGUGAUUCACGUGCUGAUUGCUGAAGUGUUAUAAUUAGAAUAUUGGGACUGUUUACGUUUAGAUUGUCACAAUAACUUCAAAGAUCUUCUUUCUUCAUGUGUCUACAAAGGGUGAUAUUUUGUUUGUCGCACUCGGCGAAGAUUUUAUCCUCGUCGAAUAGAAUGCUAUCGGUUCUCGCUGACAGCGCCACGUCGACAGAAGGACAAAGGGUUAUAUUUCAUGGGCCUAAAAAGGUUUUGGAAACCGAAUUUGCCGGUCUGCCACAACUCAGAGAGGGAGAGAUACUAGGGAAGAUGAAAGCGGCGACGAUAUGUGGCUCGGAUCUGCACACGAUUAUAGGAAGAAGGACAGAACCAGUACCAAGCAUCUUGGGUCAUGAAGGUGUUGUGGAGGUUGUUGACCACAAGUGUUCUCAUGAGAAGGUACAAAUUGGUGACAGACUGACAUUUACAGUUGCUGAUUCCUGUCAUUCUUGUGAAAGAUGUGAAAGUGACUUGACACAGAAAUGCUUCUCUCUUUUCAAGUAUGGUCAUGCAGAUAUGUCAAGUGGGACUGGUUGGAAUGGCUGCUAUGCAACACAUAUUGUUUUACGCAAGGGGACCCACAUUGUGAAGCUGCCUGACAAUGUAGAUGACAAGAUUGGAGCGACUCUAAAUUGUGCGUUCGCAUCCAUGACAAAUGCUGUAGAGCCAUUGAUGGAUUUACAUAAUUUGGAAAAAAAACGAGAAGCAAACAAAAAGAAGUCUGUCUUGGUGCAGGGUGCCGGACUUCUUGGCAUCUUCAGUUGUGCUUUAUUUCGGGAGGCUGGAUAUGGAAAGAUUUAUUGUUAUGAUGUUCACACAGAAAGAUUGAAGAUGGCUGAGAAAUUUGGAGCUGUGUCACUUAAUGGCGCCAAUCAGGAAGAGGAGAAACUUAAGGACAAUAGUAUAGAUACUGUGAUGGAGGUCAGCGGUGUAAAGAACGUCUUUCCCAAAGGCAUGCGCGUUAUCAAGCCUGGUGGAUUCUAUACAUUUGUUGGCCUGGUCCAUCCGGACUCAAAACUUGAACUUACAGCUGAACAAAUUAUUAGGAAGUGUUUGACUUUUAGAGGCAUUCAUAAUUAUGGUCCAAGGCAUUUGGAACAAGCCGUGGAUUUCCUGAGCGAUACGGUCGAUAAAUAUCCUUACGACGAACUUGUCAGCCCAUCUUUUGACCUCGACCAGAUAAACGAGGCGGUCAAGUUAGCCUUGAGUAAAAAAUAUCUUCGUGUUUGUGUGGAACCUGGUGUAGGUAAACUAGCCAACUAGAUAUGCGUUUCAAAACGAUUCAAUCCAAUCAAAUGAACAGUUUUACAUCCUUAAAUUUUAGGUAGUUUAAAAGUUAUAUUUGCCAAAUAAUGAAUAUUAUUUGAACCCUAUAUAUAUAUAUCAAAAUGUUUAAGAAAAUUUUGAAAAGUUAUCUUAAACUCACUUAAUUUUACUUAGCCUUAAAAACAUCCCAAAUUUAGUGAACUCGCAAAGUUUG